GAGAAGAAGAAGAAGAAGAAGAAGCGCUGGUGCUCUCGGGGUGGCCCCGAGAAUACCUGCACUUGUUUCCCGUCGCAAGCAUGGACCGGGCCUUCCAACAAGAGAAGAGCCCUCUGGAGCUAGCAGCAACGCUCGACGACGCCACGUUCCAGAGCCUGAUUGCCCGGCUGGACGUGCCCAUACUGGACACGCCCAGCGCGAUCGUCGAGGCCGAGAGACAUUUGGCCUCGGGCCUGUCCUUCGACGUCAGCGUCGGCAAGGUGGCUGCUGGGGGAGCCAUUGACGUGCCGCGCUACCAGGACGGCCCGGCUCGUGUGCGGCUCCGCGGGGGAACUGUCGUCGUGUUCAAGCGGCCACGGGUGAACCCCCCAACCGAGUUGAACAGCGACCCGUUCGGUGGCGCCAGCUGCCGCGUGCCCCGGGCAGUGGCCCACGAGCUGCUGAUCCUCAGCCACGGCCCGCUGCGAGACCACGCCAACCUAGUCCGCCUGUUCGGCGUGUGCUGGGACUCGCGCUACGAGCCCAGCGCGGGCGCCAUGGUGACCAGCCCGGUCCUUGUCCAGGCGUGCGCGGGCCGCGGGAACCUGCAGGCCUAUCUCGAUGCGACGUCGGCGCAGACAGAGGGCGCCACGCUGCGGUGGGACGUCAAGAUGUUUUUGUUGAAGGGAAUCUUGGCCGGCCUGGCCGCGCUGCACGCCUGCAACAUUGCCCACGGCGACUUCAAGUGCGCAAACAUCCUCCUCGCCGACGACGACGACGAAGAGUACGACGACGAGCAGCAGCCGCCUAGCCGCCGCGGCAAUGGCAUCCCCACCCCGAAACUGUCCGACUUUGGAUGCUCCCUGAUUGCGCCCGCGCGGCUGCUGCACGACGCCCAAGGACACGACCAGGAGGAGCUGCGCUUGGAUGUCCUAGGCGGACCGACGGUGUUGUUCAUGGCCCCCGAGCUGUACCAGCAGGUCCAGCACAGCCGGCACUCGGGCUCGGCAUGCAAGGUGACCAUUGCGGAAGCGAUCCGCGCCGACGUGUACUCGCUUGGUCUCACGGCCUGCGCUAUCGCCCUGGGCGGUAGGGACGUGUUCGACUGCAUCGAGUUCCAGACCCGGCUGGCUCUGGACCCUGAGUAUGCCGUCUACCCCGACCUCCGUGUGCAGUCCAAGACGGACGACGAUGCCGCCAGGACCUUGGUCGAGUGCGCCACCGUCAUGGUGCAGAUGCUCGAGGUCGAGGCGCAGAUGUCGCGGCUCGACCUGUCGCCGUCUCCGGCAGGUAGUGACGAUCCAAGAGGCAGUCAAGGCUCAUCCGCCGGCCCUAGCCACGACUUCGUCGUUCAUGCUCUUCUCAGUCCACUGCUGGAGAGAAUGCUGGCAAAGAGCCCAUCUCGGCGCUUCCCAGACGCGUCUGCAGCGGUUGCUUCCUUUUUAGAAACCGAGGACCAGCCGCCCUUCCAGCCCCAUGAUCGCCCAGGCGGAGUGAAGGUAACCCUCAGCAAGGACCAGCCCUUGUUCUAUAGAGAUCCACGGGUCGAGACUCACGCUGUCUCUGCAGUGGCUGUACUCCAGAACCUCGACGCACUCAUGCUCAAGCCAGACGAAGUCAAACGGAGAAUGUUUGAGGACCUGAAAGCAAGCGCCGACACGCUCCAGUCUGCGCCAGACCCAGGGCCGCAAGACCCAAUCCUGGCCAACCAGGCGCAUUCCGCCUUCCAGGUCUCCGUCUGCUACCUGCACGGCCUCGGAGUUGAGUACAGUCUCGGCGAUGCAGCCAAGUACCUCUGCCUGAGCGCCCAGCACGGAUACCUGCAGGCCGUGCUGACCCUGUUCCCCUUCGCCGGCGCGUUUCCGCACCUGUUUCCCCCAGACCUGCUGCAGCAGCUGCCGCAGGAUGCGCUCCAGACAGCAGUCGCCAACGGGCCGCGGUUCGGACUCACGGCCUGGCUGCAGACCAGCGCGUAUGCGCGCGAGAACUACCCCGGCGCGUACGAGGCGGGCAUCACCGUGCUGCGCCAGAGCGGCUUCGCCGAGCUGGGAGAGAGCGCCGACGCCGAGACGCUGCUGCUGGCCGACACGUUCCGCGGCGCACACCCGGCGUACCUGUACUACGCUGUCGGCAGCGCCGGGUUCCUCCAGCGCAAGAUGCCCAUGAUCUCUGCCGACACGUUGAGGGAAUGGCUGGCGGCGGGCGUAGUACCUGACGGCGCGACAAACGCGAACUACGAGACGUGCCUGUACAUCUGCUGCAGGGCGGGCGAGGCCGACAAGGUGUUGAUGCUGCUCUCUGACUUCGGCUGGGCCAGAGACCAGGUCAACACGUCUAACCGCGACGGCAGGACACCGGCCCACUGGCUGCACUCGUUCGAUGCCGGCGACGUGGACGUGGGACAGGCGCUGCUGCAGCACGGCGCGGACCUCCAUGUGGUUGACGACUACGGGCUCCGUCCUGUUGAUCAUGCCAUCGUCGCUGGGAGAUCCGAUGUCGUGCGUUUUCUCCUGGCUCACCAAGGACUGCCCUACCUAGACCCAUCAUUCGCAGCCAAGGAUCUGAUGACAUUCCUGACAUCUGUCACCUUCAACGACAGCACCCUGUCCCAGCACUGCUGCGAGCACGCGCCUUUCGACGACGUCGCCGAGGCCCUGAAAAUGGUCGCCAAGAUUGGGCUGGAGACCCGCGUGGCUGCAUACGGGUCGGCGACAGGGCGUUACAUCCUAGACAUGUUCUCGGCGCUGCGCAAACGCAGAGACCUGUCUUUCUCCGAAGAAGAUGCCGCGUCGCUCCUGUUACCACUGGAGGGUAUGUCCAGAAGAGGAGGAAAGGGAAAAGAGCCAGCACGUGAUGACGACAAUGAGUCCCCUUCUUCAUCUUGUUACAAACCCACCCUGCAGGACUUCGUCCAACACACUCUUCUGCAAACCAUCUUCUCCAAAAACCUCGACAUCCUCGACGCGCUCGUGCAGUCGGACCUCGUCGCCCCGCUCGGCUCGUCCCCAGUGACAGAGAAUCUACUAUACUGCGCAGCACGCUGCGGCAGCGAGUCUGCGUUCCGUGCCUUACUAAACCUCAUCCCUAGCUUCGACCACCCGCACAGCGCGGCCACUGUCCUCCGGCUGCUCCUCAGCAGCACCACCACCACCAGCACCACCAACAUGGUGAAAAUGCUUCUCGCCUAUCUCGACGAGCACGGCGACGCAGCAGCCGCCGUCAACUUCCGCACAUCCGCAUCAUGCCCGCCAGGCUGCACGGCCCAGCACGACCACGUGCACAACUCGUCGGCGCUGUGGAACGCGGUGCGCGCCGAGAACUUUGCCGGCGCCGCGCUGGUCGCCCCGUACGUGACGUAUAAUGAUAAUAGCAACGUCAGCCCUACAACGCUGUAUUAUGUGCUGUCGUCGACGCCUAGGGGGAACAUAUUACGUCAGGUGCAGUUCCUGCUCGCGCUGGGCAGCACGCAUGCUGCAUUUUUGUGUCACCCGGCGGCUGGCGAGAAUACGCUGCAUGUGGUGGUGGAUAGGCAUGACGAAUACAACACCCCGUCCGAGUUCCGCCACGUCUUCGAGGCCCUGCUUGACGAGUUCGGCAGCGACCAAAACAUCGACGCGCUAGACCACAGCGGCAUGACCGCACUGCAGCGCGCCGUACGCGCCUGCUGCCCGGACGCCGUGGAACUGCUCCUCGACUGGGGCGCCGAAAAGUACUCCGGCAUUUCCAACGACAGCAGCAACAGUUUGCCCUACGACCUCGCAGUCGCACAGUUCAUGAUCCGCUACCAGGCCAUUGCUAGGCACCAGACUCGGGUUUCCAUUGCCGCCCACGGACUUGACGAAAAGGAUGAGCAUGGCUGCAGUGAGGAGGAAGAAGAUGCAGAUGGCGAGGCAGGAGAGGAGCUGCCGAGGCCUCACUAUCCGUUCUCCAUCUCAACGCCCCGGCCGAAAGCACCGCUGGAAACGGAUGCUCAUGAGAUCCGCAUGCUGGAGAUGGCCCCGUGCAUCCGCGUGCUCGCGCUGCUGUCAGAAACCGGCUCUUUUGGCAAAGAGCCUCAACCGCCCGAGGGCACGGCCGGACCCGAGGAAGUCAUGGCCGGCCUCGUGCCCUGCAGCGAUCGGUAUGAGGCGCUGCCGGCAUGGGAUGAUGCUGCCGCUGGACUGCCUGACGGUGAUGGAGAGGACGAAGGGCAAGGACAAGAAGUACCGGGCGGGAGCCGCGCUGCCGCCAUUGACGACGACGACGACAAACACAAGCCCAAACCGGAAUUAAGUGCCUGGGUGAGCUGCCGGAUGGGCGACCACGUCUACCGGCUCAACCUCAGUGAGGUCGAAGGGGAUGGCCAAGGGGGCAGGAACAUCGCCCGUCUUUGGAGCUGGCUGACGGCGAGAGAAGGGGCCCGCUUUGCCGUGCUAGGCGACAAGUACUGUGCCAGGAUCGAGCUUGUGGCCGUUGUCGGCGACGAUGAAGCGGGGAGGUUGUGGUGAUGGUAUUGCCAAUCUCAUCUAUUGUAAUCGGAACCCCAGCAUCGCAUCUGUCUCUUUCCUAUAUAGGUAUUAGUUAAGUUAUGUACUAGCACAUGCGGCCAUAGAUAGUGGAAAACUCGGGAUCCCGUCCGCUCUCCCAU